GCGGUGACAGAGCCUUGUGGGGGAGGGCAGGGCAGGUGCUUUCCCUGCCUCUCUACAGCCGCCCUUUCCCCCUCCAGUGAUGAGAGGAGACACUGGGGGCUGCUGUCCCCACCUUGUUGCUCUAGCUGGGAUCUGUUGACAGAGGGUUUUAUUCUUGAGGCCCCUGAUGCGGAGGAGAAAUCCUGGCAGAAAGCAGGCUCGAAGCUGAACGAGGAGAUCUCCAGUGACUCCGAUGCAGAGAGCCCUGCGUUUGGCGGGAAGCGGAAGAAGGACCAUGAGGCCGAAGAGAUUGAGGAGACCGCCCAGGAGAAGAAGCUGAGAUUAGCCAAAGUUUACCUGGAGCAGCUUCGACAGCAGGAGGAGGAGAAGGCAGAAGAGGAGGCCCUGGAAAGAGACUUGGUUGCCGGCCGCCUGAAAGACGAUGUGCUGGAGCAGAAGGGAAAGCUGCAGCGACCGGUCGCCAAAGAUUUGCAGCCUCCAGAUCCAGCCGCCAUCCGCGUGCUGCGAGGUCACCAGCUGCCCAUCACCUGCCUGGUCAUCUCUCCGGAUGACAAGAGUGUGUUCUCGGCUGCCAAAGACGGCUCCAUAUCUGACCCCCGGCCCUGCCGUCAGCCCCUCCCUGCCCCGCAGGGCCUGUCGUUCCAGAAGGGCACGCACCAGCUGUACAGCGCCUCGCACGACCGCUCCGUCAAAGUCUGGAACGUGGCCGAGAACGCCUACGUGGAAACGCUGGGCUUCUGGAAGAGGAAGCCGCUCGCGACGGUGAGGCAGGCGCACAGUCGCCACGGGGCCCAGGGCCUGGAGCAGCCCUACUGGAUCUCUGCCUUGGCCGCUCUGGCCAACAGUGACGUUGUAGCUACAGGUGCCUCGCGCUGUGAGCCCCUCGCUUUCGCUGUUGCUUUGGGCGGGGGCCCUGGCUCUGGGUCAGGCUUUGGGCAGAGCACGGUUCUGCCUGUGCCGUGGCUGGGCCGGGCUGUUCUGAGGGGCUUGCAUGGAAAGCAGCUAGACCGGUGCUUGCCUCCAACUUCCCUCCUCUUCCAGGGGCCUGGCUCUGCUCUGGCAGCCCGGGGAAUUCCCCCGCAACCGGCCCCGCGC